AGGGGCCCUUGAUGAUGCUGGCUGCCUUCCUGUGGCAGUGAGAAAUAUAGAUUAAGUCAAUGGAAUUGCCCUUUCUCAGCUCUGAUGAGAGAGCACAAGCUGAAGUUCAGGACACGUUCAUGAUGUACCAGGUUUAUGAUGAUGCUAUCACACUCAGACUCAUCCAAGAAGCUUCUAAAAUGCUCAAUCUGUCCGCUGAAGCUGUCUUGAAACUCUUUGGAGGACACUUUUUCACCUUCUGCAAGGUGUGUGGAUACGACAGGAUGCUGCGGACCUUGGGAGGAUCGUUGAUGGAGUUUAUCGAAAACUUAGAUAACCUUCACAGUUACCUUGCUCUGUCGUAUCAGGAAAUGAAAGCACCAUCUUUUCGAGUGGAAAGGACGGAAGGUGGAGAGAUGUGGCUUCAUUACUAUUCUGAGAGAAGAGGGCUGUGCCAUAUAGUUCCAGGGAUCAUACAGGCUGUCGCCAAAGAUUUCUUUGACACGGAGGUGGAGAUGGAAAUUCUUAACCAGUCAGAAGAGGAUGAAGGAAUGGAAAGAAUGGAGCAUGUGGUUUUUCUCAUUGUCCAAAAGAAGCUGUCGGAGCGAUGGAGGGACAGGCCAGGAACAAGCACAUGGGCUGAGGAAACUGUGCCGGAUGAACAGCAGAUUGAGAAGUAUUUGAAUAAGAUGAAGCAGAAGUAUCAGGCACUGUCUCACUGCUCGGUGACAAAGUCACGCUGGGAGAUUCUCAGAAGGGUUGUGACAUUUGACCAAGGUAACUUGUUAUGUUCUUUUGAGCCAGUUUAUCCAGAGAGGCUCUGGAUUGACAGGAAAGCUUUCUGUGAUGCAUUUCCCUUCCACAUUGUCUUUGAUGAGGAGCUAAAGGUCAAGCAGGCGGGAGUGAAUAUCCAGAAGCAUGUACCAGGACUACAGGCAAUGAAUAUUUGAGUUGAUGACUACUUCACAAUCACCCAUCCAGCACUGUCUUUUACCAUUUCCAGCAUUAGAAAAUUUAUCAACAGUCAGUUUGUACUGGAAACACGGAGAGAAAUGAUGCCACUGUCUUGGAAAACUCAACCAAUCCUGAAACUCCGAGGGCAGAUGCUGUGGAUGGGAUCGAUCCGGUGUAUGAUUUACCUGUGCUCACCGCAGCUGCACUGUCUCCAAGAACUGGAGGAGACAGGGAUGUACAUUGCAGACAUAGCCCAGCACGACACAACACGAGACCUUAUCCUCCUCAACCAGCAGAGGCUGGCGGAAAUUGAGCUGUCUAAUCAGCUCGAACGUAAGAAGGAGGAGCUGAGAAUCCUCUCCAAGAAUUUGGAGGUGGAGAAGAAGAAAACCGAGGUGCUGCUAUACGCCAUGCUCCCUGAACAUGUGGCCAUUCAGCUCAAGGAAGGCAAACAGGUUGAAGCAGGAGAAUUUGAAGAAUGCACCAUCCUCUUCAGUGACGUAGUGACUUUUACCAACAUCUGUGCUGCCUGUGAGCCUAUUCAGAUUGUCCACAUGCUCAACUCCAUGUACUCCCGCUUUGAUCGUAUAACUACAGUCCAUGAUGUUUACAAGGUUGAGACCAUUGGAGAUGCCUACAUGGUUGUUGGAGGUGUGCCCAUUCCUGUUGCAAGCCAUGCGGAGAGAGUCGCCAACUUUGCCUUGGGAAUGAGGAUGGCUGCAAGGAGUGUGAAGAAUCCAGUUACGGGCGAUCCUAUUCAGAUCCGAGUUGGCAUACAUUCUGGUCCGGUAUUGGCUGGAGUGGUUGGUGAGAAGAUGCCCAGAUACUGUCUAUUUGGUGACACUGUCAAUACUGCCUCAAGGAUGGAGAGCCAUGGAGUACCAGGCAAGAUCCACCUCAGUCCGACAGCAAACAGAGCGCUGCAGAACAAAGGUUUUGAAAUUGUGGAGAGAGGAGUGAUCAAUGUAAAAGGCAAAGGACAAAUGCUCACCUACUUCCUUGUUCAGAAUCUGCACGCCACUGACGAUGACAUCUUGGGUAGGUCACCAAUGGAUAGUGGAAGAUAUCCCAACCAGUGCAAUGAUGACUGCAAGGGGAGAAGUGACCAGUGUAAGCAACAUGAGCAAAAUAAUAACAAAGAUCAGGAUUAUAAGCCUGUUGUUGCGAUGAAAUACAUUGAUAGGGAACAGACACCCGCGCACAACUCUUCUGAUAGGGAAAUCAACAGAGCUGAGGUUAACAAGUAUCCAGAGAGAACAAUAAUCUCCAAGGAAGAAGAUGGAACAAAGUCAAGACUGGACCUGAAUAAUAAGCCUCUCAGAAACAAAGAUGGAAAGUCAGAAUUUUGUAUCCUAUUGUAAACAGACUGCAGUGUGUACCCAACUUAAGCUGCACCUGAGUUAUUUCUAUUUUCAUGUGAAUCCUGUAGAAAAGACAUUACUUUACAUUGUUUGAAAUGUUGCCACUUCUGAAUCAGUUUCCCUCAGAAACAUUUCUAUUGUAUUUCAUCAAAUAAUUUUAAAUAAUCAUAUAUUUCUACAAUGUUGUAUCCUACUUAAAAUUCAAAGGGAAGACCAUGACUAGUCGUAGUUAGGGGAAACAUCAAACUUAAGGAAAAAGCAUAUAAUUGCGCAAAGGUGAGUGAUAGCUCAGAUGUUUGGUCAGAGUAUAAAGAAAGGCAGAUACUAACAAAGCGUAAAUUAGGAGGAAACAAUAAAAGUAUCAAAUGAAGAUAGCUACAAAUGUAAAAAUGGAUAGCAAGAAACUACAGAGAGUUGUGAACACAGCCCAGUCCAUCACACAAACCAACCUUCCAUCCAUUGACUCCAUCUAUACUUUCCUCUUCCUCGGGAAAGCAACCAACUUAAUUAAAGACCCCUCCCACGCUAGAUAUGUUCUCUUCCACUGUCAACUGUCAGACAGAAGAUGUCAAACUUUGAAUGCACAUAUGAAUAGAUUCAAGAACAGCUCCUUCCCUGCUGUUGUCAGACUUUAGAACGGACCUCUCAUAUGUUAAUUCUGAUCUCUCUCUCUCUGCAUCUUCUUUGCAGCUGUAACACUGUAUUUUGCACUCUGUUGUGUUACCCUGGUGCACUCUGUAUGUUAAAUCUGUCUGUACAGCACACAA